UCUUGGGUGUUGUAGUUUAUUGGCGGGAAAGCGUCUUGGCGCCUUCCCUUCGGAUUACUUCCCAGGGACUGUUAGAGGAAGAGUAGCUUUUCCUGCCUCCCAGGCUGCCCAGCGGCGCCGGUUGCCGAGGAACGCAGGCGCUGAAGGAAGGGAUGGCGGGAGGAUAUGGCUCAGGUGCUGUGACUGGAGUCCAGCUGGUGAAGAACGGUUCUGGCUCGUCAUGAAACAACGAAAAGGACAGGGUCCUGGGGGCGGCCGAGGGCGCAAGAAGAGAGGUUUGAGUGACAUUUCUCCAUCUACAAGCCUGCCGCCUUUAGUGGAAGGCCAGCUACGCUGCUUUCUAAAACUUACUAUUAAUAAAGUCGUAUGGAAGAUUACAAAGCCUCCAACUUGUGUACUUGUCCGAGUCAGAUGGUGGGGAGAAACAUCAGAUGGCACCCUCUUUUGUCCCAGAGAUGCCUUACAGACUGAACCAAAAGCUGUGAGAACAACUACACGUUAUGCUAUUCGCUGUGGUCCAAAGCAAUUUACCUCUUAUUUAACAGAUAUGGCUGUUCUGGUGCUGGAAGUAAUCACCAAACUUGAUCAUCUUCCAAUUGGUAGAGCUCAGAUCACCGGACUAGCUCAGCUUUCUCCAACCCAUCAAAUCAAUGGACUUUUUACCAUUGUUUCGCCAACAUCUAAGAAACUUGGAGAACUCCAGGUCUCACUCGCCCUGGAGCCUCUGUCAGAAGCUUAUGACAGCUACAAUCCUCUUCCUACCAUUGACAUGACAGAAAAUGUGCUUUUAUCUGAGCGGGGAUUGAGAGAGGAUACGGAACCCAGCGAUACCCAGUUUCUGGUUCCAUCAAGAACUCACAGAAUGCCUACCAUCAAAACUGAUGGAGAAGAAUUAGCACCCAAUAGUAGUAGAUUAACCACUCUAAGGGGAAAGGACUGCUUGUACUUUCCAGAGAAUUCUGAUACGACAAAGGACUCUUUCUUUGGACUACAGCACCAUCUUAAAUCAGGACAGAGUUUAGAGUCUAUAACUCUAAAAGGCAAAGCUCCACAGAAGCAAACGUCCCUUCCCAACAGUUCUGAACUACAGCCUCAAAUUAGAACAGUUGCCAAGAGUCAUAGUGACUCAUGUAUUCUUUCUUCAAACCACAGUCCUACCACGGACCUUCUUUCAGCUCUGUUAGAGCAAGGCAAUAAACUGCGUAAUGCCAUGGUGAUUUCUGCAAUGAAAUCAAGCCCAGAUACUAGCAUGUUGUUGGACAAAGUUCAUUCUCCUAUACAGGAAGAUCCUCAUAGAGCAUCAACACAAAUGAGAUCCUGGUCUAGGAAUCAAUUUAAAGACCACAUUGAAGAUCACCUCCCUUCUCCAACUGAGAAUGCAUUUUGGAAAAAUGACACGAAAGCUGAUACCAGAGCUAUACAGCUACUACUAGGCAGUGGUGAUUUAUCCCGGGGUCAUUUCUGGGAUGGACUAGGCUCUCCUCCAGAUUCCCCAUCUCCUGGGAGUGAUGUAUAUUGCAGCAGUGAGCUGAAUGACCCUCAAUAUGAUCAGAGUCUCCUGGAGAACUUAUUUUACACAGCACCUAAAUCUGAAACCAGCAUCAGUGAUUUCCUCAGUGAAGAUGAUGACGUUGCCCCUUCUAAGAAAAUGAACCAGUCAAAAGCUCUUGUCAAAUCUUCUAAGGUUCUGGAGUCAAGUAAUCAUAAGAUGAAGAAAAGGGCAGCAGGCAAGAAAAAUAGAAGUUUGGUUGAACAACAGAUACUCUCAGAAAUUCCAGAGGAUGCCCAAGUAAUGUCAUUAAGUGUGAAUAGACUGGCCCUUCUGAGUAGAAUACAUUCGAUCAGAAUUAUCAUCGAAACAAUGGGAGUUCCUCCAGAUAGUCCUCAGAUGACCUCUGGCAAAAAAAGCUCCACUGGGAGACCACCUACACUAACAGCAAAAAAGUGCACUUUCUUUGUGGAAUAUCACUUUCCUGUGGGCUUUUCUGAAAGAGGAUUGGGAAAGACAGCUUUGGUCACUGAGGUUGUUCGACUUGCUUCCAGUAAAAUUAUAGGUGGAGUGGUGAAAUUCCAGCAACGAUCUGUGUUUCCAGUACAAUUUGGUGGCCUGAUGAUAGAGCACUGGUGGAAUUCCAACCUCACUUUCCAAAUUUAUGCGAAGAAAAUACCACAGAAAAAGCCAGAAGUCAUUGGAUCUGCAUCACUUCCUUUGCGAGCUGUCAUUCAAUCAGAGCUGCUUUCUUUCAGUGACGAACUCCCAGUACAACAGGAAAAUGGUCAGACACUACUUGGCCCCCUCAAGGUAACCAUGGAGCUUGUUACAGAUAACAAAGAUUUCACUAGUGUUAAUACUAAAUUAAGUAGUAACACCCAGCAUACCCCACUUUGUGCUCCUGCAAGUCCAGAUAAUAUACUUCCAGUACCUAACCAAGAUAUUACCUGUACCAGAAAUCCACAAAACCUAAAUCAAAUUCAUGAGGAAGCUGCAAAGAAAACUUGGAAUUUGGUACUCUCCAACCCAAAGUCACCAAGCUCAAAUCCUUCAACUUUUAAGACUGUGCCAGCCUCCCACAAUUUAGAAAAGCAGACAAAUGGUUCAACAAAAGAGAGUGCUUUGCUGUUACACAUGCUAUUGAUGGUGCCAGAUGGGAAAGAUUUCGUUACUGGAGAAUCUGAGAAACAACCGCCAUGUAAUAUUUACUUAACUUGCAAACUCUUCAGCACAGAGGAAGUCACCAGAUCUGUCAUCGCAUGGGGCACAACACAACCAGUCUUUAACUUUUCUCAGGUUAUUCCUGUCCCUCUGUCUUCCAAAUAUUUGGAAAGGCUUAAGAACAAUGUGAUGGUAAUUGAAACUUGGAACAAAGUUCGGAGCCCAGGACCUCAGGACAAGCUGCUCGGGCUGGUGAAACUUCCCCUUCAUCAGUUUUACAUGUCAUUCAAAGAUCCCAAGAUUUCUUGCCUGCUGCUUGAUGCCCAAUACCCAGUUGUUGCUGUCGACAGCUACAUGCCUGUGAUUGAUGUGUUCUCAGGCCACCAAAAUGGGAACCUUCGAGUCUUUUUAGCUAUGGGUUCUUCAGAUCAGAUAAUGGCACUACAAAGAUUAAAGAAUGAAGAAGGAAUACGCCCUCCCUUCAGCCAUAGGCCAGCCCAUUUACAGGACCAGCCAUCUGUACCAGCUGUUGCUAUGGCAGAGGACCAAGGAAAUGGACUGGUAGAGCAUCACUUUGAGAUCCAUGUAGAGAUGGUUAAAGGGCUAGCCCCUCUUCAGGCAACAGUCUGGGGAGAAGCAGAUUGUUAUGUCCAGUACUACUUUCCAGUUCAAGACUCACAAUCCAGUGUGCUGAAAGGAUCUGAGUUCCUUGAAAAUGGAAUUACCAUGAAGCCCUUCAGAACUGCAACCACCCUCUGUGUUCCAGAUCCCAUUUUUAAUAGUGAACACCGUCACUCUCUUCUGUUGCCACCAGAAGUUCCUGUGCAAAGGCUCCUACUAAGUGCUUUCUCUUCACAGGGGCUCAUGCCUGGAGGUGGAGUUCAGUUUGAAAUUUGGUGCAGAUACUAUUAUCCUAAUGUGAGAGACCAGAUGGUCGCCAGAGGAACCUUGCCAUUAUCAAGGAUCUGUGCUAUGGUAACGAGGCAGCAGCGUGAGAAUGUGGGAAUACAGACCUUUAAUCUUCCCUUAACCCCCAGGAUUGAGAGCAGAAAAGAGUUGAGGAACCAAUCAUCAGGUUUACUGGACGUGGGCCUACGGUACAGGCAUAGUCUAAAAACAGCAGAGGGAGUUCUUGCUGCUCGAGCUGUCUCCAUCUCAGUCCAGAUUAUCAGAGCCUGUGGUCUGCAAGCAGCAGCCAAGGCCUUGGCCGAACAGGAACCUGCUCUACAGCUUAGUGCCACAGUUGGGGUCAAUGCCUCUGUCACCACUCAUCUCUCCUUCCUACCCAAGGGAGAACAGCGCCGAACCCGCCCUGUGGCCUGUUCCUUCUGCCCUGAAUUCUCCCAUCACAUUGAGUUCUCAUGUAAUUUGGUAACUCAGCACUGUAGUGGAGAGGCCUGUUUCCUGGCAGAGCUAUUGGAGUUUGCAGAAGUUACCUUUGCUAUCUACCAUGAAAAUACCAAGUCAGCUGGUGAUAUUGCCAGUAUUCAAUCAUGCAAAGAUUACCUGCUUGGAAUAGUGAAAGUUCCAACAAAAGAACUGCUGGUCAAGAGAUCUGGGAUCAUAGGAUGGUAUCCUAUCAUUUUACCAGAAGAUCGGGGCUUGUCUCAUGGCUUGGAGCUUAUGCAGAAGAUUGUGGGUGGCCUGGAGCUUUCGGUUUCCUUCACCCAUCCUGGAGAUAGAGAACGGGUAUUGGAAGCUGCUGAGCUAUUGGGCUGGCGCUUUGAGGAUAGCCUAAAGGAUCUUGUCAAAAUGGAUGAAGAGAAACCAGCCACUGUCACCAUCUCCACCCCAAGGCUGUGGCUUCCCAUCCAUUGUGUACUGCUUGCUGGCCACAACUGCAUCCAUAAGAACACAUAUUGCUACCUUCGUUAUAAGCUGUAUGAUAAUGAAGCCUUUUGGACCCCUCUCAAGAAGCCCAGGGAAUCUGCAAACAAAAAGCAGGUCAUGGUUACUUUCAAAGCAUCCAAAAGAGCGGAAGUCACUAGGGGUCCAUCACUCCUUUGGUACUUUAGAGAGGAGAGGCUAGAGAUCCAAGUGUGGCGAGCUUAUGGCAAUGAUAGUGUGGAGAGGCCCUACCAGAUGGACAGCUGGAUUGGCUCAGCCUAUGUGGACCUGGCUAGACUUGGGGAGAGAUCAACAAGAACACUAACUGUUAGUGGUGUGUAUCCUCUGUUUGGACGAAAUACUUCCAACCUCUCAGGAGCUGCCUUGCGAGUUCAUAUAGUUCUUUCCUCUCUUUCCCCACUCCCUGAGCCCACUCAUGAGCUGGACUCCAUGGACUACAGCAGCCACAGUGAGUCUGAGCAGCUCCCCAGAAGAAAUGAUAAGAUCCAGCUUUCUCCAUCCUGCAGCCACCAGAAGUCUCCUGCCUCCUCCCAGGUCCCCUGCAACAGCACUGCAGCUGAAGUCAGUCUGGCUCAGGAGGGCCCUGCUGAGUUGGAUGGAACUUUUGCAGUCAGUAUACUUGUAGAAAGAGCAAUGCACUUGAGUUUGAAAGGGAGCCCCUUGACAGAACGGAAAGUAUCAAUCCCCAGUUGUUGUGUAUCGUUUGCAACAGCCGAUGAGCCAUCUCCUAUAUACACCCAGGUGAUUGAAAACACAAAUUCUCCGGUCUGGAAUUUUCAACACCAGUCAAGGCUAUCAAAAGAACUUCUUCUGGACCUACAGCAAACCCUGGUCUUCAAAGUGUGGCAUAAAGGAGAUGAGGAAAGGGUGAUUGGCUUUGCUUCGGUGGACCUCUCCCCACUUCUCUCUGGCUUCCAGUUUGUCUGUGGCUGGUACAACAUCACAGACUUCAGUGGAGAAUGCCAAGGACAGAUAAAAGUUGCUAUCUCCCCUUUGGAGAGUUUGAUGCACUUCAAAGAAGAAAGGCAAGCAAGGCGUGGGGUGGAGACCCUAGGAUCACUGCUCCCAAUAUACAGUCCCUUUUCCUUCCCUGCCACGGACAUGUGUGGUACAUUCUCCAGCAAUAUUGCAAGACAGAUCCCAGACCAAUUUGCUCACAUUUCUUCAGAGGAACUUGAAGAGCUUGAGAGAAACGGUACAAGAAGCCAGGCAUCCCGCCAUGAAGAGCAUGUGCAAAACAUCCGCCGAUUUCAUGAAUCCCUGCAGCAGGGAGAGGCACUCUUGCCAUGUGGUGACAAACUAACCACCUCACCUUUGUCCUCCCAUACCUCCAUUCUGACUUCUCUCAGGAAGAAUCUGAGUGAGCUUGAUCAGAUCCAGCAAUACUUCAGCCAGAAGCUCACCAAACCUUUCCUACCCCUCAUCCCUCAGACUCAUACUGCCACCUCGCAGUGCCAGGAGAACUGUAAGGACACUGUUGUGCGAGGAGCCAGCAGCCUAGACCCUGAGAGCCAGUGCAUCCUGGAGAAAUCCAAUAACCUGAUAUUGCAAGUCAGCUCCUUAAUCACAGAUCUGCAGACUAUCACCAGGAAUUCCCAAGCAGCUUUGAGUUCUCAUCGAACCAGGAAUAAAAAUAGCAAGGUCACCACCCUCCCAGAUGCUCAGGACACAGAAGUCAUGCAGGAACAAAGCACAACUCCAGACAAGCCACUGGCAGGAGCUCCAGAUGAAGACACAAAUUUCUCACCUCCCUCUGCUCUUGAAGAGACUUCAGAUAGAGAGGGAAUGUUCCACAAGUCACUAGGGCAUACAGUCCCCAUUACAGGGAUGCAGAGCAGUGAGGACACUGAGCCAGGCCUGGCCUACAGUGAUGAGGACUAUGAAGAAGACAUCAUUGAGCCCAGGACCUUAAAUGAGAUCACCACUGUGACAGACAGAACUAGCCCCUGGUCCAGUUUCAUAUCAGACACAAGUGAGAUCAUCAGCCCUCAGCCUGAUGAAAUACAAAGGAAAAACCCCUCUUGUACUUCUCCAGAGCCUUUCCCCAAAGAGGAACUCAAGAUCGCAGGCAACUUUGUGUCCAUCCCUGAAAGGGCUGUCAACCCUGACCUGCAUAGACACAGUUCUCUUAGCCAAAGUCUUGUUGCUUGUGAGGAUGGGGCCUCAAAGGCCAGGUUUGGUGAGCCUACCUCAGCCGACCCUCAAUUUAUCCCAUGCCUGACACUCUCAGGAGCCCAACAGAGCAACGCUUUUGGUGGUUGGAGCUCACCACAAGGGGAUCAGGACAAGGAGCCCAUGCCAGAGGCCCAGGCUGAGAAUGAAGCUGCCUCCAGUGAGUUCAGUGAUUCUGCUGAUAGCUUCGAGAAAUUCCCUCUACACCUGGCUUCCCAGAGCAAAAAGGAAGUCCAUAAGAGGCCAACCAUUGAUGACUCUGACGUCAGUCAGAAACAGGUGACUACUGGAUCCGAGACAUCCACAAGGCAGAGCAUCCUUCUCCCAGAGCCCAUUGUGGUACCCAACUUCUUUUUGCCUCCCCGGCAGCUGGAGGCUUCCCUGCGGAUGCUCUCCGUCUCUGCAGCUUUGCCACCUCCUGCCACAACGGAUGAGGACAAGAGUGGAGCCACCAGGGGAACCCUCUCCCGAAGACCUUGUCGCCCCAGACCUAAUUCACUCCCUCCCAACCUGCCUGAGGAAGAAUCUCGCAGGAUCGCACGGAUAUUUUCUUCCCGGUACUCCCAGAAAGACUAAUGCAGCCUGAGGGACUAAAGGAAAGAACAACCUGCACACCUUCCCUCAGCCUUGUACAGCUUAUAGGAAGCACCAGGUCUGGCUCCCUCCACCAGCCUAGUCCAUGGGCGCCUGGAGAAGCCCUCAGUCCAGACUAGAGGAGCAUCCCAACCAGCCCAGUGUCCACCUGCCAGGACUUCUGCUUCUUUCUUCUAGCAAAGGCUAGAAAUAAAAUGGAUUCCAAUGCCAACGUGGCCCAUCCAUCUUUUGACCAAGGGACCCAAGCAGGCAACUUGGGAUGGAGAAACUGCUCCCAGUGUCCUUAACUCAGCUGACUUCUGACAUGAGCCUACCCUCCUGCCAGAAUAUGAUGGACCAUUUUUGCCUUAAAGCUUGGAGUGGGGGACUUUGUAGUUUGUGUGCAUAGCUGAGGAAAUCCUAGAGCCACCUGCAGUUCAUUUUCAUGGAAAUAGGGUAUUUUAUGGACAUAAAUUAUUAUGCUAUAACAAAUUAAUAGGAGGGACUGGAGAAAUCACCUCCUUCCAACUUUUAACCCGAUCGUCUGUAAUUCUAACCAUGCUUUUAACUUACUGUUUUUACCCAUUUCUGAAGGUCAUUUCCUGCCCAUGUUUGAAUAAAGCCAUAUUGCUUAUUUGCAUUUUGUGCAGUGUUUCCUGGAUUGGCCGCUAGAACGGGGGUGCUAGGAAUUCAUUUGUGCUUUAACUGCCAGUGAGAAGAAAGCUUGACAAACAUACAGUCUCCUACAGAAGCUUGUCUGGAACAGGGAACCAGGGUCACCAUGAGACUUGAGCUCCUCAAUAAGAUCAGGUUAAUCCAGGUUACAGUGAUACCCAGCAAAGUGGAGAAUCUCUUGGAAUAAGCCCUUCAGAAUCCCCCUGGUCUCUGGGAUGGAUAAUUCCAGAUUAGACUGUCAGACCACAAACACUAGAGCAGCUGCCACAGACAAGGCCUUGUGGGGGGAUGAGAAAGGAGCACAGAUGUGUAGAGUAUGCAGUGUUACUGGGUGAGAGGGGUGGAAGGGAACUAAUGUGGAGGGCCCUGCUGUUCACCCACAAGCGCAUGUCACUUCAGUCCUCAAAACAGCUCCUGAAGUUCAGUGUUUUACCUCUGGUUAUGUGGUUAUGAAGUGAAUUACCACACGAGACAUCCCCAGACAUGUUUUGAGCGCUCAGUGAUCAAAACAAGGUACUGCCAGGAAGUGCCGUGAAAGUGGGGAAAGCCCGUGUGGGAUAGAGCAGUCGGGGGAGGCUUCCUAGAAGAGACAGUGUGACCCCAGGGAGCUGGCCAGGCCCUGGACAGCUGCAGAAUCAGGAGGGUACUCUGAGCCAUGGUAACUGGAGAUAGAGAAGAGACUGGCCUGGCUCUGCCUGAGCCCUGGCCUCAUCUGUAAUACAGAUAAUAAUCCCAGCUUCAUAGGAUUGUGAUGAAGAUCAAAUGAGAUGACAUUUGUGAAAGUGCUUUGCUUACACUUGGCACAUAGUGGGAGUUUAAGAAAUGUCAGCCCCACCCACACUCUGAAGUGUGGGGUUAGUGAUCAGGUUAGUCCAGGUUAUAGUAAUACCCAGAAAAGUGGAGGAAUCUCCUGGAAUAAGCCCCUCAGAAUCCCCCCACAAGGCCUGUGCACCAAAAACUGGGACAGGCAGAGUACGCUGGGCCUCAGAGGGUACAGAGUGAUGCAGGAAGCCUAGGAGGGAGCAGCUGCCCUCCUUAUUGCCGUCACAUGAGCCUUUCCCCUUCUGUUUAUCUUGCCCCCUGAGCUUCAGCCUGUGGUCCACCCCCCCCCCCAACACCACAGAGGCCGUCCUCCCUCCCUCCCAAGUCUCCUUCUCGGGUCACCAGUGCACAAGUUUCAAGGCCCAGAGAUCCACCUCCCUUGGGACACA